AGUGUGUGUGUCCUAUAGUGCAGUCAUCUGUCAGAGACACUGAACACACACGUCCAGCUUCUGUUUUGGCUUUGGGACUUCAAUUAACUUUAAACUUGUUAUCACAAGAACUUGGAAUUAAUCCCUUUCUGUUUUCUCUUUCUGCUUGGUUUUAUUUUAUGGUCAUUUUUGGACUUAUUAUGGAGAAUUAAAAUGGUGAGAAAGAAAAAACUGCUUGUGUUUGAAACUUGUGGAAGCAUGUUGUGGGAUGGAUAGACAACAACAAAGCUCUAGUAUGGCCUCUAAUGACCCUGCUGAUCCCUCUGGCGACCCCCAACCAGGGGACCUCAUUGAGAUCUUCAGACCAGCCUAUCAGCAUUGGGCACUCUACCUGGGAGAUGGUUAUAUCAUCAACUUGACUCCUGUUGAUGAAAGCCAGGCGGCCGCCAUGUCCAGCGUGAAGUCCGUCUUCAGCCGCAAGGCAGUGGUCCGCAUGCAGCUGCUGAAGGAGGUGGUAGGAAGUGACUCGUAUCGUGUCAACAAUAAGUACGACCACAACCACACGCCCCUGCCAGUCUGUGAGAUCAUCCAGCGAGCACAAGUCCUGAUUGGUCAGGAGGUGUCCUACGACCUAUUGGGGAGCAACUGCGAGCACUUUGUCACCUUGCUGCGCUAUGGAGAGGGAGUCUCUGAACAGGCUACAAGAGCUAUUGGGGCCAUCAGUUUGGUCACGGCAGCAGCAAGUGCCUUCUCUGUCCUGGGACUGAUUAACACUCGAUCCAGAAACAGGCCCUUCUGACAGCUCCAGUGCAGCUGCUGCGGUUUAAGACAUUUCCUACGGAAAGUCAGCAGCCAUUAUAGGUUGCUGGUGAAAAGAAUCACGAAUAAAAAGAAACAUAUCACAGG